UUUGCUCUUGUCAGACUGCUUUUCUUCUGCGAGUCAUGCGUCUCAAAGCAAGACAUUUGACCGCUGGCUGUGCUGCUGCUGGCCUUUUGGCUGUCUUGACCCCUGAGCGGCGCCAGAGGGUUCACCAUUGUGCCCUCAGUGGGCGACGUGCCCUGCGUGCAGCUGUGUGUGCGGGGCGGAUUGCCGCGCGGUACAAGCGCUUGGGCUCAUGUGCUGACCACUUAGAUCACGUACUCACCAGGACUGUGCCCAGCUGGCGCUGGAGAUGUGCAGCUCCAACGGUGGCAUCUUCGUCAAGAUGGGCCAGCACGCCGCCACGCUGGCGCCCGCAGUGCCUGCGGAGUACGUGGAGCGCUUGGCGCAGCUGCAGGACCGCGCGCCCGAGAGCACGUGGGCGGAGGUCCUCGAGGUGCUGAACACAGAGCUGCCGGGAGGCACCACAGCCUCGUUGGACUUCGAUGCAGCACCUGUGGGCAGUGCCUCCCUGGCGCAGGUGCAUCGUGCCGAACGGCGCGGCACUGAGCGCGAGGGCGCGGAGGUGGCGGUGAAGGUGCAGCAUCCGAACAUCCAGGCAGUGGUACAGAGUGACCUCUUCAUCGUGAGGUGCUUGGAUAACAUCCUGAGCCUCAUCUUCAAGGAGGAAGGCUUUUCCAUGGCCUGGGCCAUUGAUGAAUUCGAGAAGACCGUGUCCACCGAGUUGGACUUCCGCGAAGAAGCCCAACAUGCAGAUCGUUGCCGCGCCUUCUUCCGUGCGCAUCGUGGUAGCGGAAAGCUUCGCGGCGGGCGCAUCGUGGUGCCCGGAAUUCACCACGACCUCACAACGCAGCGGGUGCUGGUCAUGGACUUCUCCCGCGGGCUGCCCAUCGCGCGGCUGACUGCCGCGGUGCGGAAGUGCCGCGAGGGAGGAACGACCGAGUUGACCUGGGAGGAGGAAAGAGCUGCAGAGGCGGCGCCCGAGGCCGCGCGGCUUCUGGCCGAGGCCUUUGGGGCCAUGUGCUUCUCAGAGGGCUUCCUGCAUUGCGACCCGCAUCCAGGGAACCUCUUGGUGGAACUUCCGCAGGUGACGGAUGAGAGAGGCCGCCGAGGCAGCUGCGUCAUCUGUGCGGCUGGUGAUUCUGGAUCAUGGGUUGUACUGCGAGCUCUCCAACGAUCGGCGGCAAGCGAUGUGCGAGCUGUGGGAGGCCAUGAUCCUACAAGACUCGAAUCAGCUGCCACCGCCGAGUUGCUCCCGCUGUAUUUCACCAAUCGCUCCAUGUCGACCUAUGCAGGCCUGGGGCAGCCCAUCACACUUGAGGAGAAGGACAGAUUGAAGCAGCAGCUCCUGGAAUCAGGUGUGCUUCCUGAGGGUGGAGGUUCGGUCGCGAUGGCUGGGCUAGCCCUGCUAGCAGACCGCCUCCCUGCAGACUUUCUGAUGGUGAUGAGGACCAUGCAUUUGGUGGCCGCUCUCCAUCGUGACCUGGGGGGCACCGCUGCGGAGCGCUUCGCUUGCUAUGCGGCGGCUGCUUCGCACGGGCGAUGGGAGAGGACCGGUUGGAUGAACGCAUGGUUCCAGCCACGCCUCUUUCACCUGCGCUGGAGCCUCAAAGAGGCCGGGAUGAAGCUCCACGCCCCACAUGCGGGACGUGAACACUUCUCCAUUGCGCGAUGCCUGGCUGAGCUCGGGAACCAGCGAGGAGAAAAAGCAGCGGCCGAUGCGCUUCACUCCUCGGCCGGUCUCGCUGGUCACUCCUCGGCAGUUCGCUGCGUUCCGGACUUGUUAGGCACGUGA